AUGUUUGUCUGCCAUGAAACGGUCAUCAAAGACACGGACGAACACAAGAUCAUCCAGCUAUACACGCCCCUCGGCGUCUGCGGCGCCAUCGUGCCGUGGAACUUCCCCGUCCUGCUGGCCGUCGGCAAGAUCGUCCCGGCCGUGUACAGGGGAAGCACCGUGAUCGUCAAACCCUCCCCAUUUACGCCGUACUGCGGCCUGAAGCUCGCCGAGCUGGCGGCGCAGUGCUUCCCGCCUGGUGUGGUCCAGGCAUUGAGUGGGGGCGACGAUCUGGGACCCAUGAUCACAGAGCAUCCGGGCAUCGACAAGAUCAGUUUCACCGGCUCAACGCUCACGGGGAAGCGCGUCAUGGCGAGUUGUGCGAAAACCCUGAAGCGGGUGACGCAGGAGCUGGGCAGGAACGAUCCGGCCAUCAUCUGUGACAAUGUCAAUGUCGAUGCGGUCAUUCCAAAGAUCAGGAUCCUCUCCUUCCUCUGCUCAGGCCAGAUCUGCAUGAUGGUCAAGCGGCUGUACGUCCACGAGGAGAUCUACGACGAGUUCGGGGAGAAACUCAUGGCCUUUGUGGGGUCGCUCAAAGUCGGCGACGGCACUGAGGCCGACGUCUUUUUCAGCCCUGUGCAGAACAGCAUGUAG